UCCUCACCCCAAAACCCUAACACUCCAACACAGCAGCCAACAAUGGGUGGAAAAGCAAAGGGAAAGCACCGUUUGGAUAAAUUCUACCACUUAGCCAAAGAACACGGCUACCGUUCUCGAGCCGUAUGGAAACUCAUCCAACUCGACUCCAAAUUCUCCUUCCUCCGCUCCUCUCACGCCGUCCUCGACCUCUGCGCGGCUCCGGGAGGAUGGAUGCAAGCCGCCGUGGAGCGAGUCCCCGUCGGCAGCCUCGUAAUCGGCGUGGAUCUGGAUCCGAUUCGCCCGAUUCGCGGCGCUAUUGCUAUUCGGGAAGAUAUUACUACACCUAAGUGUAGAGCGACGGUGAAGAGGCUGAUGAGUGAGCACGGUGUUAAGGCGUUUGAUCUGGUGUUGCAUGAUGGUUCUCCGAAUAUUGGUGGUGCGUGGGAUCAGGAGGCUACGAACCAGAAUGCGUUGGUGAUUGAUUCGGUUAAGCUGGCUGCGGAGUUGUUGGCUCCCAAAGGAACUUUUGUUACUAAAGUUUUUAGGUCAAGGGAUUACAACGCUGUGCUUUAUUGUCUUAAACAGUUGUUUGAGAAGGUUGAUAUGGAUAAACCAGCUGCUAGUCGUUCGUCAUCUGCUGAGACCUUUAUCGUAUGUCAGAAGUAUAAGGCUCCUGCUAAGAUCGAUCCUCGGCUUUUCGAUAUCAGGCAUCUGUUUCAGGGAGGCAAAGAACCAGGAAAGGUAAUUGAUAUAAAUAGACCAAUAACACAGAAGAGACACCGUGAUGGGUAUGAAGAUGGUGUUACGCUAUUGAGGAAAACAUGUUCAGCUUCAGAAUUUAUUUGGUCAAAUGCUCCUCUUGAUGUUCUUGGUACUGUUACAUCUAUAACCUUCAAGGAUGAGACAUCUCUGCCUAUCAAGAAUCAUUCGUUGACUACAGAUGAGGUUAAAGAACUGUGUGACGACUUGCGUGUUUUAGGGAAGCAAGACUUCAAGCAACUGUUGAAGUGGCGCAUCCUCGUUAGAAAGGCGUUUUCUCCAGAAAAGGAAACUCCAAAACCGGCAGAUGUUGAACCGGAGAGCAAGGUUAAUGAAGACGAAGAUGAAGAUGAUGAUGGGCUGAAAGAAAUGGAAGAGCUGACAAAUGCUAUGCUGCGUAAGAAAAAGCAGGAAAAAAAGAACGAUGCUAAACGACGAGCUAAGGAUAAAGCAAGGAAAAAAACUGGGAUGCAGAGUGAUGUAAUGGAAGAUGGGUAUACUGAUAUCGAGUUGUUCGCUCUAUCGUCUAUUAAGGGGAAGAAAGAUCUGGUAGCUGUUGAUAACACCGAAGAUGAUGAUGGUGCGGAAAACGAAGCAAUGAACAGUGAUAACGAGGGAGACCAAGUAGACUCUGAAGACAAGUCAGUUAGUGACAUGGACUCUGAUGAAGAGCGUCGAAGAUAUGAUGAGAAAAUGGAGCAGUUAAUGGAAGAAGCUUACGAACAGUAUGUAUCCAAGAAAGAAGGAAGUACAAAGCUGAGAAAACGAAUGAAGCAAAAGCACUCUGAGGAUGGCGAACUUCUUGAGGGUGGUGACGAUGAUGCUGAUGAUGCUCUUCAUAUGGAUGAAGACUCCGACAAUGAUCAAGAAUCCAAUCCACUAAUGGUGCCACUUAAUGAUCACGAGCACACUAAGGAAGAAAUCGAUGCAAUAUGGUAUAGCAAAGAAGAGUUCAAUUACGACAAUGAUAGACAAGGAAAUUCAAAAUCGGAUGAUGAGGACGAAAUGCAAGUGGAUAAAAAAGCCGAUGAUCAACUCAUGAUCCCGAAGAAGCCGACAGCAAAAAACAAGCCACAAAAACCUCAAUCGUCCCAGCCUGCCGCCACCGAAGAUUUUGAAGUUGUUCCCGCCCCGGAAACAGAUUCGAGCGAUGACUCAUCAUCGUCCGAUGAUGAUGUGGAAACAAAAGCCGAAAUCUUGGCAUGUGCGAAGAAAAUGUUAAGAAAAAAGCAGAGAGAACAAAUGCUUGACGACGCGUACAACAAGUACAUGUUCCACGAUGACGAAGGAUUACCAAAAUGGUUUAUAGAUGAAGAAAGGAAACACAUGCAGCCCAUGAAGCCCAUAACGAAAGAAGAGGUUAACGCAAUGAAAGCCCAAUUCAAGGAGAUAAAUGCUCGGCCCGCUAAGAAGGUUGCCCAAGCAAAGGCCCGAAAGAAGCGGGUUGCAAUAAGGAAAAUGGAGAAGGUUAGAAAGAAGGCAAACACUAUCGCUGAUCAAGAGGAUAUAAACGAUCGGUCGAAGAUGAAGAUGAUUAAUACGCUUUACAAGAAGGCGAUCCCGCAGAGACCGAAGAAAGAGUUGGUGGUUGCAAAGAAAGGAGUGCAAGUGAGGACUGGUAAAGGGAAAGUACUUGUUGACAGAAGGAUGAAAAAGGAUGCAAGGAAACAUGGGAUGAAGAAGGAUAAGGAGAAGGGAAAAAGCAAAGGUGGAAAGGGUCAGAAAGGCAAAGGAUCCAAGGGUAAAAUGGGAAAAGGUGAAGGCCCAAAGGGUAAAAUGGGAAGAAAGUGAAGCUUCUGAAAUAUUGGGAUGAUUUUUGAGUUGUAAAAGAAAUUUUGUUUCUGCAGUAUUAAACAUAUGUUUUUUUAUCUUCGUAAAAACACUUACAAAAUCAAAAAUAUGGUCUUAUCUGUUUUUACCGUCUUUUAUGCUGGGAUCAUAUGGCUUUUGCUUGAAA